UUAAAAAUAUAAGUGGUCUUGGAAGUUUGACUAAGCACAAUAUUUAGUAGCAGUAUGUUUCAGUCACAAUAUUCAUAUAACUGUUAUGUACUAGGGCAUCUUAGUAACUUUCAGUCAUAGAUAGUGAAUAAAGAAAUAUAAAAGAGGCAUGGAUAAAAAUAUAAAUUAAGAAAUAAACAACACUUGAUUUUUAAAUUUAUUUCAUCCUAGUUAUCCCUGAGAUUUAUAACAAAUACUGACUUGGAGUUGAGAAAAUGCUCAAUUUCACUGAUGUGACAGAGUUUAUUCUUUUGGGACUAACCAGUCGUCAGGAAUGGCAAGUCCUCUUCUUCAUCAUUUUUCUUAUGGUCUAUGUUGUCACCGUGGUAGGCAAUAUUGGCAUGAUCAUGUUAAUUAAGGUCAGUCCACAGCUUAACAGCCCCAUGUACUUUUUCCUCAGUCAUUUGUCAUAUGUGGAUGUCUGGUUUUCUUCCAAUGUGACCCCCAAAAUGUUGGAAAAUCUGUUAUCAGAAACAAAAACUAUUUCUUAUGCUGGUUGUUUGGUACAGUGUUUCUUCUUCAUUGCCCUCGUCCAUGUAGAAGUUUUCAUUCUUGCUGUGAUGGCCUUUGAUAGGUACAUGGCAAUUGGGAAACCUCUGCUGUACAGCAGCAAAAUGUCUAGGGCUGUGUGUAUGCGACUGAUUUCUUUCCCUUACAUAUAUGGCUUUCUGACUAGUUUGGCCGCAACCCUGUGGACAUAUGGCUUGUCCUUUUGUGGGAAUAUUGAGAUCAACCACUUCUACUGUGCGGACCCACCUCUCAUCAAAAUGGCGUGUGCAGGGACUUUUGUAAAAGAAUACACGAUGAUCAUACUUGCAGGCAUUAAUUUCACAUAUUCUCUGACUGUGGUGACCAUUUCUUAUCUGUUCAUUCUCAUUGCCAUUCUACGGAUGCACUCAGCGGAAGGGAGGCGAAAGGCCUUUUCCACCUGUGGCUCCCACUUGACAGCAGUCAUCAUAUUUUAUGGGACUCUCAUAUUCAUGUAUCUUAGACGUCCUACAGAGGAGUCUGUGGAGCAGGGGAAAAUGGUGGCUGUGUUUUACACCACAGUGAUCCCCAUGCUGAAUCCCAUGAUCUACAGUCUGAGGAACAAAGAUGUGAAAGAAGCCAUGAAAAAAGUUAUCAGCAGAACAUGUUUAACAAAAUAA